AUGAGGUGUAACUACCAUUACGUCAUAACCCUUCUGAGGUGUAUCCACCAUUACGUCAUAACCCUUCUGAGGUGUAACUGUCAUUACGUCAUAACCCUUCUGAGGUGUAACCAUCAUGACGUCAUAACCCUUCUGAAGUGUAACCACCAUUACGUCAAAACCCUUCUGAAGUGUAACUACCAUUACGUCAUAACCCUUCUGAAGUGUAACCACCAUUACGUCAUAGCCCUUCUAAGGUGUAACUGUCAAUACGUCAUAGCCCUUCUGAGGUGUAACUGUCAUUACGUCAUAACUCUUCUGAAGUGUAACUACCAUUACGUCAUAACCCUUCUGAGGUGUAACUACCAUUACGUCAUAACCCUUCUGAGGUGUAACUACCAUUACGUCAUAACCCUUCUGAGGUGUAACUGUCAUUACGUCAAAACCCUUCUGAAGUGUAACUACCAUUACGUCAUAACCCUUCUGAGGUGUAACUACCAUUACGUCAUAACCCUUCUGAGGUGUAACCACCAUUACGUCAUAACCCUUCUGAGGUGUAACUACCAUUACAUCAUCACCCUUCUGAGGUGUAACUGUCAUUACGUCAAAACCCUUCUGAAGUGUAACUACCAUUACGUCAUAACCCUUCUGAGGUGUAACUGUCAUUACGUCAAAACCCUUCUGAAGUGUAACUACCAUUACGUCAUAACCCUUUUGAAGUGUAACCACCAUUACGUCAUAGCCCUUCUAAGGUGUAACUGUCAUUACGUCAUAGCCCUUCUGAGGUGUAACUGUCAUUACGUCAUAACUCUUCUGAAGUGUAACUACCAUUACGUCAUAACCCUUCUGAUGUGUAACUACCAUUACGUCAUAACCCUUCUGAGGUGUAACUACCAUUACAUCAUAACCCUUCUGAGGUGUAACUGUCAUUACGUCAAAACCCUUCUGAAGUGUAACUACCAUUACAUCAUAACCUUUCUGAGGUGUAACUGUCAUUACGUCAUAACUCUUCUGAAGUGUAACUGCCAUUACCUCAUAACCCUUCUGAGGUGUAACUACCAUUACGUCGUAACCCUUCUGAAGUGUAACUACCAUUACAUCAUAACCCUUCUGAGGUGUAACUGUCAUUACGUCAAAACCCUUCUGAAGUGUAACUACCAUUACGUCAUAACCCUUCUGAGGUGUAACUGACAAUAUCCAGUGUAACAAUCUGCCCUUCAGUCUAUUUAAAUGAACCUAACUACCUCACUAAUAAACCUUCUUUACCUCACUAAUUAACAUUAUUUACCUCACUCAUUAACCUUCUUUACCUCUCUAAUUAACCUUCAUUAAUCACUAAUUAACCUUCUUUUCCUCACUAUCCUUCAUUAACCACAAAUUAACCUUUACUUCACAAAUUAACCUUCUUUACCUCACAAAUUAACCUUCUUUACCUCACAAAUUAACCUUCUUUACCUCACAAAUUAACCUUCUUUACUUCACUAAUUAAUUUUCUUUACCUCACUAAUUAACCUUCUUUACCUCACAAAUUAACCUUCUUUACCUCACUAAUUAACCUUCUUUACCUCACUAAUUAACCUUCUUUACCUCACUAAUUAACCUUCUUUACCUCACUAAUUAACCUUCUUUACCUCACUAAUUAACCUUCUUUACUUCACAAAUUAACCUUCUUUACCUCACAAAUUAACCUUCUUUACUUCACUAAUUAACCUUCUUUACCUCACUAAUUAACCUUCUUUACCUCACUAAUUAACCUUCUUUACCUCACUAAUCCCAUUUUCAACUCAACAAAACAUUACUUCGACAUAAGAUUAUUAUUUCAUCUUCUGCUUCACUCAGUUUAUACAUUAAUCUAAUAAUUUAUUCAUUUUAUUAUUUUUUUGGGUGGUUUACUUACGCAUUGUUAUUCAUCAGUUUAUACCGAUUCCUAAGUUAUCAUUUACCUGCACAUUCCUCUUUAUUCUUCCCUGCUUAUUCAAUGUUUUUGUAAUGCAAUACUUUCACCUAUGUUUUACAUGUUCUUCAUUUUCUUCCUAAUUCCUGCCUAUUUUUUUUACUAUUGUCUAUUCUAAUGUACUGCCUAGUUUUCCUAUGACCUACCUAAUAUCCAUUUUUAGGGGGUCCUAUUUACCUCACCACAAUAGGUUUUUUUAAUCCGUCUCAUUCAAUAUCACUAAAUCCACCGCCAUCAUCCAUCUAACGUACUGGUUCUAUCACUCUCAACCAAUAUGCAAAUUUUCUUGUGUUUUUAUUUUUAUACAUAUCUUUUUUCUUUUUAAUGGACAAUUGUUGUUUCCUCGCUUGCCAUUCUGCUUGUUAACCAUCACAGAUACAUCGUGGUAUAUGCAAUAACAAUCUUGUUUUGUUUUGUUUGGGAUCAACCUUAUUUUUUUUUAAGGUGAAAAAUUUUGAUUGUUUUAUAUCAUCGUCUCCCUCCUUCUUACAUACAGAGAAGAGGUGACGAGGAUUCUUUUUAAACAAAUCAUUUUGGAAUUCAAAAAAAUACCAAAGCCAAUUGGGGGUACAAAAGUAAAUUUAUUUUCAAGAAUGAUCAUAUUGUAAUUACAAAUCAUGCCAAUUUGGAAAAAAAAGAAUAAACAAAGCAACACAUUUUUUUUUUGUAAUUUAUCCAUAGCAAGGCACAGUCUAAUUCGACGAAAUGUUAUUCCUUUUCCAGUAACUUAUCAAAUUUAGCCAAGCAAACAAAGGUGUGACUCGUGUUCCUUUAUCUUGGUCUACUUACGGAUAUACCAACACUAUAUUCACAAUUGAGCCGAUAAAAAGUAGCCUAUACAAGCUAUGGAUCAACUAGGACACACGACCACUGCAACUCUCACUCACGCCCCCUGUGGACCCAUAUACAUCUCGUAUAGGUUUGACCUUAAGAAGUUUGGGCCGCAGAGAGGAGUUGAAGGUUCGUGGCGUGUUUGUCCAGGUUUUAUCCCAGCUGAAAUGCAAGCCAGUUCUGCUUCGCGACACAACACAGCUGAGCACGACUUGUGAGGAGAGAGCAAAUCUAACCGUUGGUAACCAAAACACAUACAUGGUGGAAGUUCCUUUUUUCUUCUACAUUAUUUUCGUCUUCAAACAAUAAUUUUUUUGACACCUUAUAAGAGCAACUGCUGAAAACUGACUUUUUCAAGUGUAAACACAAGGAGGGUUUGGUGACGCCUUGGAGUAGCAGGCACCCACCCCCUAGUCGAGUGUUUACGGCGUAGUGAUGUUGCUGCUUCCUCCACUUCAAACAUAUUCUUCACCUCCGCCUCCUCCUCUUUCUUCUCCUCUUCUCCUCCUUCUCCUCCUCCUCCUCCUGGAACAAGAUCUGUCUUUAUUACAUUCUGUGCUCCUUUAUUUAUCCAUUUACAGUAUGUUCUACUGCCAGAACCUUUCACCUUUAUCAACUAUUUUAGGUGUAGAACUGCUCAUCUCCUCACUGGUCACUGCACAAGAACCAUAAUUUGAAACAUUUGCUCGUCCAGAUUCCUCGACACCCAACUCGAAGCCACAUCUUGAAUCUAUGCUCGGCCACAAUGAGAAGGUUUUUUUACUAUUAAAUAUGUUUUGACUUUGCCAUUAAGUUACUGAAAUGAAGUGAGUUAUGCUAGACAGAACACGUCGUCUGAGUGAAGGCUUCUCAGUUAGAGUGCGAGAAAUCAGGUGUGUUGACGUAGGAACAAGGAGGUCACCUUUUGGUCAGUCGGGAAGGCAGAGGAUCAUCAGUGGACAGGUCCCCCCUCCUCUCAUCCAUGGACAGUAAUAUUUCUAUGAAGAAAUAUAUAAUAAUUUUUUUGAAAGAUCUAGUGAUAAUAAUUUAGCUAUCUGAUACAUACGUUUUUAUUAUUUAUUUAUAUAAUUCGGAUUAAUCUUUGGAAUGGUCAGUAUCGUUGUAGAAGGAUACAAUUUUAAUUGGAAAAACUUGAUUACUAACUACUAGGAAUAGUCAGGAACUUGCCGAGACGGCAGCAAGAAGCACCAAUAUUUAUCACACUACUGUCCACAGGUGAUCCUUCCACCUCUUUCUCUCUCUCUCUCUCAUUCCUCCGUCAAGUCUCCCUCGUCAUACAAAUUAUAGCUUUGCGAGUUGACAAGUCGCUGACCCUACAUGGAUACUGACAAUCGCUGGUUUGGUCACAAGUAUCAGGUCCCAAAUAGCUUAUCCUAGCGAUGCACACAACGGCUGGAGUCUGCGCCAAAGAAGUCAGGUCAGGUGAGGUCACACAAGUCCUCCAAAGUCUCCGAAAAAAAAUCGAAAAAGUUAAUCCCGUCACGCAUAUCAAAGGUCUCCCACAAGUUAUCGUUGAUAGGAGAAAUGAAAAGUCAUACAAGGUCAGUAAAGAUAUCAGUUAGGUCAUGAAGGUUACUCGAGGUCAGCCUGUCUUCAAGUCCUGUCACAGGCGUCUCCACAGUCCUAAGACAAACAUCCUGAGUCACACAGUGGGAGAGAAGACUGAACUAACCCGCGUUUCUCUCUGGUUAUUUAGGGACGUGAUGGAUGGGUCUUCAGCGCCAAGCUCAUAGUCACACUACACAGCCGGGUCGCUCGUCCUUCAGUUUUUUUUUAAUUCACUGAGCAGCGAGUCUCUCGUCGUGUAUAUUUAAGUAGCCAUGGUGAUGAACACACUAGCCACUGAAGUACUCACAAGAGCUUCAACUGUUCAAAAGUAGUCCGAGAUGGAUUUAUACCACAAGUGUUACACACGUUAUGGUGGAAAGAGUUACCUCCUGGUCACAGCUCUACCUUAUUCACCCACUAUGGGACAAGCAGUUAUUGGGUCCACCUCUAAUUUGGUUUUGGUUGGAUGACUCUGACGGCUGAAUUUCUCUUGGUAGACUUUUCAAGUGUCAACCUCCGGUGACGUGAACUUAUUCUUACCAUUAUUGACUCCCUGAAGAUACAUAGAUUUACUGUAUAGAAGUUUUUGAAUAUUAAAUAAGGCUGUUUUUUUUUCUCACCAAAGUUGAACUAUAAUACUUGACGGAAUUCUUCUCAAUAUUCUGACUGACUCUGAAAUUCUGAGGAGUGACUGAAACCUUUCUACACCCGACUUCUUAGGCGGCGUCCCCAGUUUCUCGGCAUAAACGGAAGCCACUGCGUGAACGCUUCUACGAUCGGCCUCUCUUAAACCUUUCUCUGUAUUAAUAACUAAAUAAAUCAACCCUCGUUACAGCCACAAUCGUAACCAGAUUUACAAAACAGAUGAAAGUUUUUGAUUAUAAUUUGUUUGUUUCUCUUUUGUUUAGACUCCCCCUUGAGGCAGAGAGACCAAGAGCAGAAGCGUCCUCACGGUACAUCAUGAAGCUACUAGUAAAAAAUCUUACACAUUCAAUACGGAGAGUUUUAAAAAGUGUCCUUAUCUUCAUCCCUACAUACAAGCGAAUUCACUGUCAUUUGAGGAAAUAUACUUCAUUAGGAGCUACAAUACAAAGAAAAGAGUGCACAUUGAACUAACUUACAGGCAUUUAUCCCUCCAUGAGGUUACUGCUAUCAUCAGCUUGGAGCCGAGAUGACGCACACAGAACCAGGAGCUGAACCGUAGCCACGAGUGGUCUGCAACGGUCCAGUGGUCAACAGCAUACCACGGGAGGCCAGAAAACAGUGGACCAUGGGAGGCCAAAGUGGACCACACAGACUGGUCCACUGGGUGGUGAUGGUGGCGGUCCAUUAGCACUUUCGAUGUUGGUGGUAGUGAUGUCCUCUUGGUGGUGGUGGUGGUGGUGAUGCAGGCCUGAUUCCUUCUCCUUUAGGCUGCAGGGAACUAACAUGGUGGUGGGUGAGUCCUUGCAAUGGAGUCCUGCUCAGGCCCUCAAUGAUGAUAUCCUUCGCUGGCUUUCUCAUCCUCUCUCUCCAGGUCACUCUUCUCUCUCAGCCUCUCACAUCAAUAUUGUUAUGAGCAUUGGAUUACCUUUCCCAAUUUACUACCUAUUCACUGUCCAUGGCUGCUCCUUCCUACUCCUCGAGGAAGGUGUUAUCGCCUCAGUAGGAAGGAUGUAAGUGAAGUUUUUGCAGGGAAGGAACCUCCCCUCCUUACACCACCUGUUCUCCUCACUCCUACCUCUUGGCCUCCCAUCAUUAGCUCCAGUUCUCUGCCGAUGAUUUCUGGUUUUCUCCUCCACAAAGACACCGAAAAAGUCUUUUUUUUUUUUUUUGGUUUUCUUCCUUUCAGUAACUUCUGUCUCCUCCAAAA